GCCCCGCAGGUCUUUGGCACUCUAGACUCUUACAUACCUAGUCUUUGCGCUGGUGAGCACAGACUUCACAGUCAUCUUUAAUCUCCAGUAAAAUAUAAAUGGAGAUAAAUGUCACUGUGGGAGUGCGUGGGUCUGUGUGUUUGCCUAAGUCUAUCAAAGGAGCCAGAUCGGAGGCUGAGGCCCGGAUCCUGACCCUGAUUGUAUGAAUAACUCAGAUGUGCUGAUGUGCAGACCGGAUUCAUCUUCCAGGAGCAGAAGUAGCAGCAGGAGCAGGAGGGGGCGGCGGCGGCUCGUGGUAGAAGGGAUAAGCCCCGGAGCCUUGGCAGAAGGAGCUACGAGUAGGAGUAGAAGUCGGAGCCUCACCAAGUCCCCGGGGGAAUCGCGUUCCUCUGGGAGAGGCCGGAGGAGGAGGAGAAGCAGCCGCGCGAAGUUUGGCUGCGGGUUAACGCGCCCAGAGACGUUCUGACAGGCAGCAAUCGCCGGCGCGGCGAGGACCAGAGUUGGACUAGGACCGCCUCCCCUCCUCCUCUCCCAGCGAGUCCUUCCCGCACCUCCUCAUCCACCUCCCUCCCUACCUGGCCACCCACACACGAGCUCCUUCCCAACUUCUCCUUUGCAAAAGGGGGUGGGGGGGUGGGGACACACAUAAAGCCCUUCUCCGUUUCCUUAUGUUCCCACUAUCUCCUCAUGUCCCUGGACACCUAGCAGUCACAGUCCCGCUGAGGAGCCUCUAGGUGGAGAGGAGAAACUCUCCUCCCCGCCCCUUUCAAUCAACGUGGACAGUAGGCGGCUGAUCGCAGGAGUCCCUCUCCUCUUUUUUUUUUCCCUCCCCGGGAGGAGGAUGGGGAUGGAAAUGCUAUCCCAGAGGAUGGUUUUGUGGCUGAUGGCCUCGGGAUUGAUCUUCAGUGGGGAGAUGUGGGUCUCCACUGGCUUCGAUUACGAUUACACUUACACUUUGCACGAAGAGGAUAAAACCGAGACGCUAGAUUAUAAGGAUCCCUGUAAAGCUGCUAUCUUUUGGGGAGAUAUUGCCUUAGAUGAUGAAGAACUAAGAGUCCUUCAAAUUGACAGGACAAUUGACCUUACACAGAACUCAUUUGAAAAACUUGGACAUAUCACAGGUGGCCUGGGAGACCAUGGUGUGUCAAAGAAAAGAGGGGCUCUGUAUCAGCUCAUAGACAGGAUAAGAAGAUUUGGCUCUGGCUUAGAACAAAACAGCACAGCUAAAGGAAAAGCAUCUGUAAAAUUCUCAGGGCAAAAUGAGAAAAACCGGGUUCCCAGGGCUGCUACAUCAAGAACUGAAAGAAUAUGGCCUGGGGGUGUCAUUCCAUACGUUAUAGGAGGCAAUUUCACUGGCAGCCAGCGAGCCAUGUUCAAGCAGGCCAUGAGGCACUGGGAGAAACACACGUGUGUAACUUUCAUCGAAAGAAGUGAUGAAGAAAGUUAUAUCGUAUUUACUUAUAGGCCUUGUGGAUGCUGUUCUUAUGUGGGUCGGAGAGGCAAUGGACCUCAGGCUAUCUCUAUUGGCAAGAAUUGUGAUAAAUUUGGAAUUGUUGUCCAUGAAUUGGGCCAUGUGAUAGGUUUCUGGCAUGAACACACACGACCAGACCGAGAUAAACAUGUAACUAUCAUAAGAGAAAAUAUCCAGCCAGGUCAAGAGUACAACUUCUUGAAGAUGGAGCCUGGAGAAGUGAACUCUCUUGGGGAACCAUAUGACUUUGACAGUAUUAUGCACUAUGCCAGGAACACCUUCUCAAGGGGGAUGUUUCUAGAUACCAUUCUUCCUGCCCGUGAUGAAAAUGGUAUACGUCCUGCAAUUGGCCAACGUACACGCUUGAGCAAAGGAGAUAUUACACAGGCAAGAAAGCUGUAUAGAUGUCCAGCAUGUGGAGAAACACUUCAAGAAUCUACUGGCAACUUUUCUUCUCCGGGAUUUCCAAAUGGCUAUCCUUCCUAUACACAUUGUAUAUGGAGAAUUUCUGUGACUCCAGGGGAAAAGAUUGUCUUAAACUUUACCACGAUGGACCUCUACAAGAGUAGUUUGUGCUGGUAUGAUUACAUUGAAGUCCGAGAUGGAUAUUGGAGAAAAUCACCUUUGCUAGGCAGAUUCUGUGGUGACAAAGUGCCUGAAGUCCUCACAUCUACUGACAGCAGGAUGUGGAUUGAGUUUCGAAGCAGCAGUAAUUGGGUAGGAAAAGGUUUUGCAGCUGUUUAUGAAGCAAUCUGCGGUGGUGAGAUCCAUAAAAACGAAGGCCAGAUCCAGUCCCCUAAUUAUCCUGAUGACUACAGACCCAUGAAAGAAUGUGUAUGGAAAAUAAUAGCUUCAGAGAACUACAAUGUUGGAUUAACCUUUCAGGCAUUUGAGAUUGAAAGACAUGACAGCUGUGCCUAUGACUACCUGGAAAUUCGAGAUGGGUCCAGUGAAAAUAGUCCUUUGAUUGGUCAUUUUUGUGGUUAUGACAAACCAGAAGAUAUCAGGUCAACUUCGAAUACCCUGUGGAUGAAGUUUGUUUCAGAUGGAACUGUUAACAAAGCUGGGUUUGCUGCUAACUUUUUUAAAGAGGAAGAUGAAUGUGCAAAACCUGACAAUGGAGGGUGUGAACAGAGAUGUGUAAACACUUUGGGAAGUUAUCAGUGUGCUUGUGAACCUGGCUAUGAGCUUGGGCCUGAUAAAAGGAGUUGUGAAGCUGCUUGUGGAGGACUACUAACAAAGCUCAAUGGCACCAUAACCACCCCAGGCUGGCCCAAAGAAUACCCACCCAAUAAAAACUGCAUUUGGCAGGUGGUGGCUCCAACUCAAUACCGAAUUUCUAUGAAAUUUGAAUUUUUUGAACUAGAGGGCAAUGAAGUUUGCAAAUAUGAUUAUGUAGAGAUCCGAAGUGGAUUGUCCUCAGACUCCAAAUUACAUGGCAAAUUUUGUGGGGCAGAAGUACCUGAGGUGGUCACUUCCCAGUUCAACAACAUGAGGAUUGAAUUCAAAUCUGACAACACCGUUUCUAAGAAAGGUUUUAAAGCUCAUUUCUUCUCAGACAAAGAUGAAUGCUCUAAGGAUAAUGGUGGAUGUCAACAUGAAUGCAUCAACACUGUGGGAAGUUACGUGUGUCAUUGCCGAAAUGGAUUUGUGCUUCACGAGAAUAAACAUGACUGUAAAGAAGCGGAAUGCGAACAGAAGAUUCACAGUCCAAGUGGAAUGAUUACCAGCCCUAACUGGCCAGACAAGUAUCCAAGUAGGAAGGAAUGCACGUGGGAAAUCAGUGCCACUCCUGGACAUCGAGUUAAACUAGCUUUCAGUGAGUUUGAGAUUGAACAACAUCAAGAAUGUGCUUAUGAUCACUUGGAAGUGUUUGAUGGGGAAACCGAAAAAUCACCAAUCCUGGGUCGUCUCUGUGGCAACAAGAUGCCAGAUCCCCUGGUGGCAACUGGAAAUAAAAUGUUCCUUCGCUUUGUUUCUGAUGCAUCAGUACAAAGAAAAGGCUUCCAAGCCCGGCAUUCUACAGAAUGUGGUGGUCGACUGAAAGCUGAUUCCAAUCCAAGAGAUCUAUACUCUCAUGCUCAGUUUGGUGACAACAAUUACCCAGUCCAAGUCCGGUGUGAGUGGCUGCUAAUGUCAGAACGAGGCUCUUCAGUUGAAUUAAUUUUUCAGACUUUUGAGGUUGAAGAAGAAGCGGACUGUGGCUAUGAUUAUGUCCAGAUCUUUGAUGGUCAUGAUUCAACAGCUCGAAAUCUUGGUCGAUUCUGUGGCUCAGGACCACCUGAAGAAAUCGAUUCAUCGGGGGAUGCUAUUUUAAUUUAUUUCCACACUGACGAUACAAUCAACAAGAAAGGAUUCCAUAUACGAUACAAAAGCAUAAAAUACUCAGAUACCACUCAUACCAAAAAAUAAUGCCAAAACCUCUAUGUCCAAAAGAAAAGGAGCGAGCUUGAUGGGGAGAAGCAUUUUUUUUACUGAAGUUAUUAGCACAAAAAUUUUCUAUAAUGAGCUUGAAUCAACACAAAUCUUCAAAAUCACAAUUGUUUCUGUUCCCAGACUGAAGUAUUCAGGUAGCCCAACAGAAUAGACAUGAUGGUGAUGUGUGGGCUCCAUGCUUGAUAUGAUCUGCAAAGCUGGUGGAAGGGCAUUGCAUGCUUCCAGGAGGACUAGAUGAGUUUGGUUGUUUUUGUUUUUUUUAACAGCUUGAUAUAUGUCAUUAAUGCCUGGCAAUUGAAUCAAUUCCAUUCAGAAAAAAGUGAUCCUUCACAUUUCUUCCUUCUGAAAAUUGUUUGGUGUCCAGGAGAGGGGAAAACAAACAAGCAAAGAAAAUAAAACUGCUACAGGUUUCACACAAUCUGAAAUACUCCUCUUGUAUCUUUGUCUAAUUGUUUUGGCUUUGCAUCCAGAAUACAGUGCAAACCUGCAAGCCAGAUACAUUAUCUGAUUUGACACAGGGAAGUCUUUUGAGGGUGGUCUGUGUGUGUAUUAAAAAAAAUCAUUUCUUCAAUGUUUUGAAGCUGGAAUGCAGCAGCUUCAUUGUUUUCAUUUUUAUUCCAGCUUAACAUAUUUGAAAUAUAAUCAACCUUUGCACCAUUUUACUUAUGACAUUUCUACAUUUCCCCAAACUUAUUGUAUAGUCAGUAUUGCUAAUAUACUCAAAGCACGAUUGCUGUCCGUCUCCAAAAGUGCUCAGUUUAUGGGUAAACUCCCUUUUCUGUGGAGGUAUUUUCUUCUCACCUACCUUAAAUCCAAGAAGCCAUGUGAUAUCUUCGGAAGCUGAAAGGAAAUAAUUAAGCCUUGGGAGCAGGAUUCUUCAAGCUGGCUUCUCUCAUACGGUAGCCAGUGAAGAUGUCCUCACCUCCACUUGCCUCUUCCUUUGGAACAUUUUAUGAAAAAUUGCUCUUGACAUUGUGGUAUUUGGUUUAGCGAACCAGAAAUGACAUUGAAUGGUAACCAAAUGGUAGCUUCUGGACCAGUUGUAAGAUUUCCCCCCACCCUGGGAGUGAGUAAAGAAAUUUUUUUGGCGGCAACAAUGAUCUAUUGCUGAAAGAGAAUUUCUAUGGUGCUAUCCCAUGAACAUUUUUUUUUGUUUCAAGUUUUAGACCUUUGAGCCAACAACCUGCAGUUCAUGAAUGUCUCCCAAUGCCUGGCUGGCUUCCUUCAAAGAUUGAAGACUUGUUGUGUUGGCAGUGCUGGUCCUGUGGAACAAGGACUUCUAAUGGCCUUAGAAAUCUUGCACAUGAUCAAAUAGAUCUUUCUGUAGAUACAUCUUUGAUUUGAUAAAAUAAUUUUGACAAGUUGAACAUUUUAAUGUUAACACUUUGAUUUCCGAGCAAAAUCAUUUCCAUGGCUAGAGCAUCCUAUGUAAAUAUGAAAGCCUGCUUUUUUGAUAUAGAAAUGUUAUUUUAGAUGGAAUUCUGUGCUUUAGGCCAUAUGUAAUGUAAUUGUACAUGCCUAUGUGUGGAUGUAUGUAUGAGAGAAUGUCGCAAGCAAAUGAGAGGUGUCGUGUGUUUGGAUAGCUCUACCUUCCAUGCCAAGUUAUACUGGAAGCCUGCUUAGAGGUAGCACCUUUACAUUGACGGUUUCAUGGCUAAACAAUGGGGACUUUAAAUCCCUACAGACUCAGUUAUAAGGAAGUGUGCUGUUUCAGUUAGAAAAAAAAAUGUCAUUUUGAUAUUCUGUGAUGUAGGCUGCUACCCAAAGUAGCUUAGUUUCUGUUACUUGUCCAUGAACAUUCACUGGCACUAAUAAAUUGGGUGUUUUUUCUUUUG